AUGGUUAACAGGUCCCUAGGCUCUACUCUCCGUGACAUCGUUGUCAAGGCUGGCGGCUCCAGUGACCAGCGAGAGCUAGCGCGCACCAUCCAGUUCCCGAAGCAGGACGCUGACGGUGAUGCUAUCAAAGUUGAGGGCCGCAGUGAAGUUGUGGACAAGAUCGUGGCCCGGAUCGAAGCCAUCGUGGCGGAGCGCGAGAGCCAGGUCUCCGAGGAGCUGGACGUGGCCGUCGAGAAGCACAGGUCCAUCGUCGGGCGCGGCGGCGAGACCAAGCGGAAUAUUGAGACCCAGUUCAAAGUCUCGAUCGACGUUCCCCGUCAAGGCAGUGGUACUACGAGCGUGAAGAUUACCGGCCAGCCGGCUGAUGUCGAGAAGGCGAAGGCUCAUCUUGAGGAGAUGGUCAAGGAACAGCCGGGCGAAACCGUCCAAGUUCCCCGGGCCCUCCACCACGUCGUCUCCAACAACGGCCAGAUUUUCCGCAAGUUCAGGAGCGACUUCGGCGUAACGGUCGACCACGCUGGCGAAACCGUCCCCGCCAAACCCACGGCCCCGAAAAUGCUCUCAUCCACCGAGGAGGGUGACAUCCCUUGGGUCAUCCGCGGCUCGCCUGAAAACAUCGAGAAGGCUAAGAAGGCUAUCCAGUCGGCGCUCGAUCAGGCGAGCAACCAAAACGCCAUCGGCUACUUGGUUCUGCCCGACCCCAAGACAUACCGUUUUGUCAUUGGCCAGGGCGGCAGCAAGGGCGAUGCGAUCGAGGUCGUCGGCACCAAGGAGGGCGUGGAGAAGGCCAAGGAGUUAAUCCUGGCUGCUGUGAGGGAGGCAGCGCCCCGCGGCCCGCCUCUAGUAGGACUCGCGUGGCCGACUUGAUAUGGGAGGAAGAGAUACCACAUCUAGUUUUGUUUACCGGAAUGUACGAGUGGCAUAAUUGAGGAAGCAGGGGGCGGAUACAGGAAAAGCCAAAAAGGGAUACAGCAUGGAGCAGGCAUAGCCAUUAUAUAUUAUCAAGUUUGAUUCUACUCAGUCAAUUUUCCCUUCCCGAGCCUGUCGUUUCCAACC